AUGAUUGGUCUGAAAGGCUCAGCUUGGCUGGCUCUCAGCGAGUUCGCUGAUUUCUCGUCGCUCGUUCUGACGAUUCCAAUAAACUUCCUGUUGUUGUACUGCAUAUGCUCAAAAUCGCCAAAAGAGUUUGGCGGGUAUAAAUACCUAAUGAUGUGGUUCACCGUCCAGAGCAUCUUUUUCUCGGUCGUCGCCGCUUUCACCCACAUGGUGAGUGUCCCGCGAGGAUGCCGGCUGACGUGCUGUUUGCCCACUGGCAUGCACUCCUUUUCAGAGCUUCCACACGAUCGGGGGCACUUUCAUGAUGUUCACAAUCAACAAUCGCGCAAAUCUUCCCGCCUGGGGAGUUUGGGUACUUCUGGAAAUGUGCUGUAUUUCCGUUGGAUACGUACUCUUCAUCCUUUCCGCUCAAUUUGUGUACAGAUAUUUUGCAAUGAGCAAGUAAGAACAGCUUCACUUUCUGAUUGCAACCGUUUUUGCAGCGCCUCCAGUCUGCGGUACUUCACCGGAUGGCGUCGUCUUUAUUUUGUACUGAUAAUGAUUCUCGUAGCCGUCGUUUACGGGGGAUGCGGCUUUGUUCGCAUCAAUUUGACGCCGGAGAGGGACAGACAAAUAAGGUGAGACAGCCGACGGAAGCAUGUGAUGAGCGGCUAGUAUAGACAAUCAAUGGCGACUGCUUAUGAGGUCACUCCGGAAGAGAUAUACUACGUGGCAGUCGAAUAUUACGUGAGAGACGGAAACAAUGAAAUCCAGAUCAACUGGUUAUCCAUAGGAACGGCCGCAAUGCUCAACGCUGUCUUUGUAAUUUUCUGGAGAUUCCAACAGUCUUUAAAAAUGCUUUUUCUCAGGGAUCAAUGGUAUUUGUGAUCAUCUGCUGCGGAAUUAAGACGUAUCAAGGAACGCAGGUGAGAACGUGUCACCUCUCCAAUCACAUGAACAUUCAACGACAACUUUUCACUGCGCUCUUAGUCCAGGUGAGAUUAUAAAUAAAACUUCUUUGAAGAGGACUCGUUCAGACUCUGACGCCCACGAUCUUGAUCUUCAUUCCCUGCAUCAUCUUCUACGUCCUUCCGAUCUUCGAGAUUCCCCUCGGAGUGAAUGCCAACAUCCUCAGCAUUUCGCUCGUUUUCUAUCCGACGAUCGAUCCAAUCGGGGUCAUGUUCAUCAUCAAGAACUAUCGAAAUUUUCUGAACAGUGAGCAAAUUUCUCAGUCACGGGGCCAUAAUUUAAUUUCAGAAUUCUUUUAUAGACGCGUAUUUCGUCGUUCCCGCUGUGACACUCUCAAACUGGAGCAUCCGCAUCGUCCGCAGAGAGCAAUCGGAAGUGCCGAUUCCGAGCAGAACGACUCCCUUCGUUUCGAUAAUAUUCAGAACUAG